AUGUCGGAGACCACCGCCGUGCCGUUAUCGAACGACACCAUCUUCGACAUCCUCUGCCGGACGCCGUUUAGGUCCGUCUGCCGAUUCCGAUGCGUCUCAAGGGGGUGGCGCGACCUCAUCUCCGCCCCGGACUUCGCCGCGGCGCACAGGUCCCGCCACGGCCCGCUCCUCGUCGACACCGGCUACUUUCCACAAGAAAAACCCGCCGCAGGCCGUGAUAUGCGUCUCAUGGACAUGGAAGGCAACGUCAUCAGAGUCAUCAGGGUCGUCGGAGGUUUUGGGAUCACGUGCUCGUCGAGCCUCGACGACCUCAUCGCCCUCAGCCGCGGUCCGUCAAACGGCAUCCAUGUAGUAGAUCCGGCCACCGGGGAGGUUCUCCUGACCUGCCCACCAAUGGAGGUGAAGACACUCGAAGUGCAUCCAUUCAUUGCCAUGGCUCGCUAUGAAAUCUAUGGCUUCGGCCGUGCCAUUUCGUCUGAUGAAUACAAGGUGGUCCGCAUUGCCAAGGACAAAAGAACUUGUGAGGUCCUCACUUUAGGAGACGACCCAUCAUCAGCCUGGAGGCGGACGCUGCCGCCUCCGAUCAGUGUGCCCACUGAUGUGGGUUCCCCGGUCGCUGUCAAUGGCAUUAUGUACUUCUUGGCAGAUGAGACGCGUGAAACCUUGUUGUGCUUCGACAUCGAGAGCGAGCAAUGGAAGGCCAACAUGAUUAAAGGGCCACGGAAAGGCAAUCCCCUAGAGAUGCGGAGGAAAACAGCAGCAAUCUGUAUAAGCGAGCUCAACGGCGCUCUGUGCAUGGUUAUAGCCGAAAAACAAGACAGUCGAAGCACAAACAUAUGGACACUGGAUGACUCUGGUAAGAUCAACUGGAUCAAGGCCUAUUCGAUCCCAAUGACCCCAUAUACUAGUCGUUAUAUGCCGCUGAUGGUGAUGCCUGGAGGUGGGAAGCUUCUACUGCAAUGCCAUGGUCCUGCCCAAUCAGUGAUACUUCAAAUUUACGAUCCUCGCACCAAUACAAGCACGCAUGUUAUGAAGGCACCAAAACAGCUUGGAGAUAGAAUUGCCAUUUGCAACUUUCGCUUCCAUCGUCGUGUCUCGGCCAAUAAUUAA